AUGGCUGAAUAUGAAAAGCUGACAAGUGCUUUCCAGAAGUUGAGUGAAAAUUUGUUUGAUAGCAAACAGGCGUGCUUCAUUAUUGGCAUAUCUGGUGGAUCUGGCUGUGGAAAGACAACGUUGGCUAAAAACAUAGUCAAACAACUUGGCCAAAAAAGUAUCAUCAUCUUGAGCAUGGACUCAUAUUACAAGGAACUUUCCGAUGAAGACAAAGCUCUUGCACACGAGGGUCGUUUCAACUUUGAUCAUCCCUCCGCAAUUGAUUCUCAGCUGCUAUUCAAGCAUUUUUCAAUGCUAAAAGAAGGCAAAACUAUUGAAGUUCCAAUAUAUGACUUCGUGACACAUUCACGUACCGGUAAAACAGUUAAAGUUGAUGGCGUUAGAGUGAUAAUUUUCGAAGGCAUCAUGACCUAUUGCUAUCAGGAGCUAUUGGAGCUUAUGGAUGUGAAGAUUUUCGUUGAAACCGAUGCUGAAGUGCGUCUCUCAAGGCGUCUUCUUCGAGAUAUUCGUGAGCGCGGUCGUCAAGAACUUUCCGAUGAAGACAAAGCUCUUGCACACGAGGGUCGUUUCAACUUUGAUCAUCCCUCCGCAAUUGAUUCUCAGCUGCUAUUCAAGCAUUUUUCAAUGCUAAAAGAAGGCAAAACUAUUGAAGUUCCAAUAUAUGACUUCGUGACACAUUCACGUACCGGUAAAACAGUUAAAGUUGAUGGCGUUAGAGUGAUAAUUUUCGAAGGCAUCAUGACCUAUUGCUAUCAGGAGCUAUUGGAGCUUAUGGAUGUGAAGAUUUUCGUUGAAACCGAUGCUGAAGUGCGUCUCUCAAGGCGUCUUCUUCGAGAUAUUCGUGAGCGCGGUCGUCAAGUCAACGACAUCAUUCGUCAGUAUUUCUCGUUCGUCAAACCAGCUUACGACAACUUUAUCGCUCCCACAAAGUCUCGUGCGGAUAUUAUUGUCCCUUUCGAAGAUGCGAACCCCGUGGCGAUUGAUCUUCUUGUUUGUGGCAUUGGUAGACUCCUAAUCGAACAUUUGAAACGGCGCUGUUCCAGUGUGCGGUCCACGAAUGCGACUCUAUAUGAAGAGGAGCCUCCACUUGCAAGAGCUUAG